CAUGGUGCCACUUCAUCGGGUGGUUACCUCAGUCAGCCAUGAAGUUUUUCGAGCUACAGAAGCCAACGGCUGUGGCUCCUUUUUUGCUGGAAUUUCUCACGAUUCUGGGCAUGCGAGGAGGAACUGGUCGCACCAGGUCGCUUCGUUUUGUGUGCCUCCUGCUGGCGGGAUGGAUUUUACUGGGGAUUCCCAAGGCCUACUUUGGGUUCGGAGAUCAGCUGGAUCUGAACAUUCGAGGAUACUCGGAACUGCUGUUUUUGUUCAACAUCGACUCGAAGGCGAUCAUAUUUUAUAUGAAUAGUGCAAAAUUGGAGGAGCUCGUUGAGUUGGUGGAAACGAUGUUUGGCAGAGUGACAAAUCUUAGUUCAGAUGCGUUGAUGCCAAAAAAUGUUCUAAAUUCGAAUCAAACGUUAGACAGGAUAGCCAAAAAUUAUGCAAUUUUCGCAGGGACGGCUGGUGCAGUGUUUGUAAUUUUUCCAGCCUUGCAUACCAUUGUCAUUUAUUUCAUGAACCAAAGAAAAGAAGUUGAAAUAAGGAAGUAUGUUACAUCGUCAGUGCAUGAACAAAACGGCAUCAACGUCGAGGAGGAUAUUCGUCUAUAUUUCAUCCACGCUCUGCUAAUUGCUCCCGUUCACGUGAUUCUGGGGCUUAAAUUGGCCGCUACCGAUAUUACAAUUUUCUGUGGUAUCAAGAGCAUUGGUUCGAUUUUUCGGCUGGUUUCUACAAGACUGGGCAAUCUGCAUGACUUUAAGAAUGUCGAUGAACUUCGGAAGGAGCUAAAAGAAGUGGUUGAUAUUCAUAACGAUGCUUUAAGGUGUGUCAAAAUUUUGGAGAGUAUUUCCAGCUUAGGAGUGAUGUUACAGUUGAUGAACACGGUUAUUGUCUGGGUUGCAAUGGUCUUUUGUGUCAGUUAUAGUCCAAAUAUGAACGCAUUGAAUCUACUUGUACUGCUUAUUCUUAUAACAUCUCAAACCUUUUUGCUAUGUCAAUAUGGAAACGAGCUUACUGAAGAGAGUAUUGCCGUCGCAACUGAGGCCUACAAUGCUCAGUGGGCUAAACUGCCCGUGGAUGUUCAGAAAGGUGUUGGGUUGAUUCUGCAACGAGCUCAAAAAUGGGAAGGCAUCACGGCGGCCCGAUUCUACCAAGUGAAUGUCGAACGGUUCGGUGCAAUGGUUCAUACGUCCUACUCGAUUUACGUGGUGCUGAAAGAUCGACUGGCUAGCAAAACUUAGGAUGAUUUGAUUUUUUUGUUUCAAUCCGAAAGGAUUAUUUGACAAAUGAUAUCCCUUGAAUUUUCUUAACAAGCUUUUUGCCCAAAGUCUACCUUGGAUAAAACAAUAAAGAUGCCUAUCACCUUAAAAGUCCCAUCACAUCCCUUUUUACACCAUAAUAAACAAAUAUAAAUCAAAACUGUAAUAAG